CGUUGUAUGUUUUGCGGGGAACGGAGAUGGGAAGAAGGUAAAAAUUGGCAUGGCCGACUGUAGCUAGAUGAAAAUAUACAAAUCGGAUGAAAAUAGUUAGUUUAUCUAGUGUUCAUAAAUAAAUACCCCUAUAUCUUAAUUAAACCAGUGAUGAUAGUAUGGAUGUGAUAACGUGAACUGGAAAAGGCGUAUAACUCUUGAUAGUAACAAUUGGCCAGCUUUCAAUUGUGAUAAUGUAGUAAAAACUAGUGUUAUUUUCAGAUCAGUGUCAAGUGAGUAGUUAAUAAUGUCUUUCUUCAACAAUAUUAAAAAAGUUCUGCACUUCGGCGGCAAUGACGCGAAAAAGAAAAAAGUUUAUAAUAAUGUGCGUAUGGAAUGUGAUCCAGAAGAAUUCUGGGAUAUGAUAGGGGAAUUAGGAGAUGGAGCUUAUGGAAAAGUGUACAAGGCUCAACAUAAACACACAGGACAGUUAGCUGCUGCUAAAAUGUGCAGAUUAGAUGGAGAAGAUGAUCUAUCAGAUUUCAUGAUAGAAAUUGAUAUUUUAUCUGAAAUUAAACAUCCUAAUAUAGUCGAACUUCAUGAAGCUUUUCAAAAAGAGCAACAACUGUGGUUGCUUAUUGAAUACUGUGAUGGUGGAGCAUUGGACAGUAUUAUGACUGAAUUAGAAAAACCUCUGAAUGAAGUUCAGAUAGCAUAUGUGUGCCAAAAUAUGUGCAAAGGACUGCAAUUUUUACAUAAAUCACAUGUUAUUCAUAGAGACUUGAAGGCUGGAAACGUAUUACUCACCAUGGCAGGAGGAGUUAAAUUAGCUGAUUUUGGAGUUUCUGCUAAAAAUAAAAGUACGCUUCAAAAACAUGACACAUUUAUUGGUACUCCAUACUGGAUGGCUCCGGAAGUGGUGCUGUGUGAAACUUUUCGUGAUAAUCCAUAUGAUUAUAAAGUAGAUAUAUGGUCAAUGGGUAUUACUCUGAUUGAGUUUGCCCAAAUGGAACCACCCAACCAUGAAAUGUCUCCCAUGAGGGUAUUGCUCAAGAUCCAGAAAUCUGAUCCGCCCAAAUUAGAACAGCCUUCAAAAUGGUCCAAGGAGUUCAAUGAUUUUUUAGCAAAAGCACUUAUAAAAGAUCCUCAAAAAAGGCCGUGUUGUGAUGAACUUUUAAAACACGCUUUUAUCAACUGUACAUUGGAUUCAAAACCCGUCCGUGACUUAUUAUUGGAGUACAAAGCUGAAGUUGUGGAAGAGGAACUUACAGAUGAUGACCCAGAGCAUGGUAGGAAACAUCGAAAACAUAAAGAACUUUAUCAGAGAAUUGGCGGCUCUCCGGGUCCCCCUUUGCCUGAUAUUAUUGCUGAGGACAACCGAACAUCUCAAGUGCCUCUGGAUAUCGAAGAUGACUCUACAUCUCUAAAAAGUAAUGAAGUUGAUGGUAAAGUUCUUGAGUCCAUCUCCACAACUCCGCCACAUAUUCAAACCGAAAUAAUUGAAAAAGACAAGGAAUUCAAAAAACCUGUCUUUAUCGAAGAUGAUAAACAGACACCAAUCACGUCAGCUAUACCGACAUCACACACGGACAAAAAACAAGUUGACAAAAAAGAAGAAACACAAAGGAAGACAUCUCGUGACAAGGGUAAAGCUCCACCACCACCUCCUCUACAAACUCAACGAUCAACUAGUUCAACGUCUUCAGAUAAAGAAUCACCAUUGCCUGAAAAAGAAAAAUCUCCGGCUCCACUUCCACCACCACUUCCAGUAGCACUUUCUACACUGCCCACACCUCCAUCUUCCCCUAUUACUCCUCCAGAUUCCCCACUAGAAGCUAGUCCACUUCAUGUGCAUAACUUUCCUCCUAAUGUCCAAGAGGUUGUCAGAACUAAGGAAGAUGAACUUUCCAUACAAUUGCCAUCUUCGGAAAAGGCGUCAACUAGUACGACUUUACAAGAAGUAACAUCCAGAGAGAAAGUGAAAUCUGACGAGAUCGACAAUACUGUAAACAUAUCCAAAAUAAAACAGGCUCUAGAAAAUCAUAUAACAAAAAGACUUUCACGUGAGAAAGACGAAAAAACUACUCCUCUAGAUAACGACAAAUUAGUUGACAUGCCAUUAGAUAAGAUUGGAGAUAUUGUUACUGUAACUAGUUCCAACACCACUACCCCUGAUGAUAGCUUACAUCUUGUAGUUGUCUCCACUCCCCAAUCUGAAAGGAACAAGAAUAUGUCUACCAUUACUAUUAAUUCUAAUUUGCCAGAUACAUCGAAUAGUUUAGCUUCAAAUAUUAGCCAGGUGACGGUAGUGACGACACAUCCUCCUGUUAUAAUCGACAAUUCUCUUCCACCGAGAGCUUCCUCCUCUUCGCCAAGCAAUAGUACCAGUGAAGUAGUAAUUGUAGCGAACGAAACUAAUAAGACUCAAAUAGAGUCAUCAGAUGACGAAUUCUGUCCAUCACUUGAUUCACUUGAAUAUCCUCCACCUUCAGAAUUCCGUGACAAACCUUUGAAGGUUAAAAAGUUGGAUGAAAGUGAAGUUAUGAUAACAGAUUCGAGUUAUGUUAUUAAUGAUUCCGGGCUAGAUGUUUCUGAAGAAAAUUCGAAACUUUUGGAUACCAGUCACGUUUCGGUAGUGAAGAUAGAUGAAGAAAAAGUUCAGGUAAAGGAUUCGACAUCGUAUUUAAGUGAUAAAUCGGCGGAUUAUCGAGGUUCUACCAGUGAUUUAUCAAACACCUCAUCUGGAAAAACGGGCAGUACAAAAAGUGAUUACGGAGAUGAAUAUAAGGGUACUCAUAUUAUUUUGGAUGGAUCUAACUCCGAAAUGCUUGAUUCGAAACCGAGAAUGAAUGGUCAAGUAAUUCAUUCUCAUAGCCGGGAAGAUAUUUACAAGAAAUCUCUCAAUGGCAAAAUGUAUGCAGAAAGCUUUGAAUCGGCUAUGUCUGAUAGGUCACAUAGUGAUUGUGGAUCAGUACGAAGCAAUGAUUCACACAGAAGACCUAUUUCGGGAGCCAGUAAAAGUAUUGAGCAAUCUGAUAUUGAAAGUAUUUCUUUAGCUAGUCAAGAAAGUAGAGGAAGUAAUGAAAAGGAUGAUAAACGAUACCUGUCAAAUGAUUUAGAUGAAAAUGAUGAUAAUGCAGUUGUAUUACGUAAACCUCCUAAAUCCAAGUUGGAAACGAUAGCAAUGCAAAAUCGCAAAACUAGAAAAAGGACUAGAAAAUUCAUAAUAGACGGUGUUCUCAUUACUACCACCACUAGUAAAGUUAUAUAUGGAGAUGAAGAAAACUACAAUCUCAGUGAUCCUCACAGUGAUAGAAAGCAAGAACUCAGGGAAUUGAAAUAUUUACAAAAGCAAGAACAAAAACAGUUCCAAGAUUUAGCAACAAAGGAGCAAUUAGCAAUUGAACAACAAGAUCGAAAGUUUGAACAAGAAAGACAGAAUCUUGAAAGGACUUACGAAAAUGAUCUUGAAAUGUUAAGUAAACAACAGAGAUUACAAAUAGAAAGAGCUGAAGCUCAACAGGAUGCGGAUUUACGGGCGACUUCUAAAAAAAUCCGUGCUGAGCAGGAAAGAGAUCUGAAACAAUUUAGAGAGAGUCUUAAGGCGGAAUUAAGAUUACUUAAAUAUGAAAUAGAUAUGUUACCUAAAGAAAGACGCAAAAACGAAUUUAAGGUUAGGAAAGAUAAGAUGGAUGCUGAACAUCUAGAACGAGAAAAAAGCUUUUUAGAAAAAUUAAAUGAAAAUCAUGAAUCUUCUUUGAGGAGACUUAGCGAUUCGCAUAGGGAAAAAAUAGCUCUUAUGGAGCGGCAAUUCCUUCAACAAAAACAUCAGUUAACAAGGACAAGAGAAGCUGCACUUUGGGAAUUAGAAGAAAAACACAUACAUGAGAAACAUCAACUGAUAAAAAGACAAAUUAAGGAAAUUUUCAUCCUCCAGAGGCAUCAAAUGCUAACAAGACACGAGAAGGAGAAGGAACAAAUUAAACGAAGAGCUGCCAGAAAAGAAGAGGAAUUGUUAAAAAAACAACAAAUAGAGAAAAGAUCGCUGCCAAAGAGAAUAAGAGCGGAAAUGAAAGCUAGGGAAGCCAUGUUUAGAGAAUCUAUGAGAAUAUCUAUAUCUGGAACCAGUGAUCCGGAUUUAGAAAAAAAUAGAUUUAAGGAGUUCCAAGAAAAAGAGAAAAAGCGAUAUCAGGCUGAACAGCAACGUUUUGAAUUGAAACAUCAACGUCAACUGGAAGAAUUGAGAGCUAUGAGUGAUGCAACCAUCAAGGAGCUGGAACAACUUCAAAAUGAAAAACGAAAAAUGUUACUUGAACACGAACAUCUCAAAUUGAAGCAACGAGAAGAAGCAUUUAGCAUCGAGUUGAAAGAUUGGAAAGGAAAACUAAAACCUAGAAAACAGAAACUCGAGGAAGAAUUGUACAAAGAAAUACGUUCGGCCAAAUACUCCAGUCACCUCCCUAAAAUUUCUUUCCCAGAGCCUGGCUCUUCUUCAACUGACAACGUACCUGAUAAUAGUAUUGGUACUAAAUCUAGUGUUAAUGAUGAUAAGACGGCAUCGUCAGUACCGUCAAGCCCCUUUGUGACUGAUGGUCACAGACACAGUUGGGGUCAUCAGAGGACGUGGAGCACGGGAGUUAUAUCUGAAAAGAAUUUUGCUUUUUCUCCUCCUUCUCUAAAAGACGAUUCCGCUGCUUAGUUUUGUCUGUUGAUCCUUUUCCUGUUUGGUUUGUUUUUUAAACUCUAUCUGUACUUACUAAUUAUCUAGUUUUGUUUCUUUGAAAUUAAAAUCAGAGAAAAACAAUUAUUUUUCAAGAAUCCAAUUUUUUAUUUUUUAAGAAAUUAAAUACUCAUUUGUUGAAGAAAAAUAAAAACAAAAGUAUUUCAACAGGUUUAAAUAUAAUUACCACAUCAAAAUAGAAUCUCCAGAAAUUGAUGUACAUAACUAAGAAACAGUUUAAUCACAAAUUUUACUUUGUUAUAGUUCCCUAUGGUAUAGCCUGAAUUUCUAUAUCUUGUUGGUUUUAUUCUACCGAAUGAAUGAUAUGAUUAAACAAGAUAUUUUUCUAAAACUCAAUCCAAGAAACAUAAUAUCAGAAUAGAACAAGGAGGCAAUGACACAAAGGACCAAUUUAAUAAUAAUUCUUUCUGCUCCAUUGAAAUUAUUUUUUACAUUCACAAAAGUAUUAUCUAUAUAAAUUCAGUACGUCAAGUGUGAUACAUAUAGUUUGCCUUGCUCUGCGAUAUACUUUCAAUUAGUAUAAACAAUAUUAUAAGUAUUAGCAUUUUGGGGUGUUAAAUAUUAGAUCAGUGUCCAUUAAUUAAAAUUCUCACUUAUUUAUAUUGAAUUUUCUAAUUUAUAUUCUUUGUUUUUCUCUCAUUUUAAAAUUUCAUAGAAGUUUACAAUCUUUUGUCUACUUAAAAAAAUGAACUAACUAGCUAAUAAAUACAUUCAUGGUUCAAGAUUUGAUUCAAGGCAUUCAGAAAAACAAACCACCGUUUCUCCGAUGUUUGUGUUGUUUUUUUCCAGUUGUUUGUGUUCGUUUUAUUUUUUGUUUUGCUUUACUCCCUUUCACUGCUUGUUUCAGUGGACGUAUUAC